AGUUAACAGCAAAGCUCACAUUUGGAAAGAUCUUAAGCUCUGAAGGGUUGCAUUAUAAACCCCUUCGUCGUAAGAGAAGUCGAUUGCCGUUUUUAUUUCGAAUAAAAUACCUUCUACCCUGGCCAGUAAAUGUGUUCAGAACUCAAGCGACUGGCAUGGCAAGUUGUGCCUGCAACUAAUUAUUUGCUGACUUCACGUAACUGUCGCUCCUUUUGCGGUUGGACUGUUGUAACUUUUCACCGGCGCAGGAUAUGCGUGGAUGUACAUCAAAAUGAUGAAUCGCACAAGUAACAACCAGCAAUUUGACUUGAAGAAGAGACGGUUCUAUCUGUACCCGAGCAAUGUACUCGAAUCUCUAAAUCCCUAACCUUACUUGAGCGUUGAACGGUCCUUUUUCGCAUGAACCACAGAAGGACUUGGGUCGGCUUUGUCGUUCCUAAAGAUUCAGGAUGAGAAAACCCAAAGUUAAUCGGAUGGUUCUUGCAAUGUGCUUGUGGUGUUUUAUAAUGGUUAUAUUCUAUUUUCACAGCAACCCGAAACCAGCCUCAGCGCAGGGCAGUGGGAGGAGCAGCGGCCAGGGAAAGUCAGGGAGAAGUCCACUCCAGAUGCUCUAUGACAGUGACCAGCUGGAGCAGUCGGCAGUGCAGGUGACCCACCAGGGUCGGCGGGAGCUGCUGGAAGACGCCUGCCGCUCGUACACGCGCAAGCGCCGCGUCCUCAUCCCCGAGGACCUCAAGCACAUCAUUGUGGACGACCAGCAUGGUCUGCUCUACUGCUACGUGCCCAAGGUGGCCUGCACCAACUGGAAACGAGUUCUCAUGGUCCUGACAGGUGCCGCUGGCCCCAACCGCGACCCCCUCGCCAUUCCCGCCAAUGAGGCCCACGUGCCGGGCAACCUACGCACCCUCUCUGAGUACUCCACCUCCCAGAUCAACCAGCGACUGCGCUCUUACCUGAAGUUUGUGUUUGUGCGCGAGCCUUUUGAGCGGCUCGUCUCGGCCUACCGCAACAAGUUCACACGGAGCUACAACACAGCUUUCCACAAGCGCUAUGGCACCAAGAUCAUCCGCCAGCAUCGGCCCGACCCGCAGGCCGAGGCGCUGGAGCGGGGCGACGACGUCUCCUUUGAGGAAUUUGUGUACUACCUGGUGGACCCGGCCACGCAGCGUGAGGAGCCCUUCAACGAGCACUGGGAGCGGGUGCACACGCUGUGCCACCCCUGCCUCAUCCACUAUGAUGUGGUGGGCAAGUACGAGACGCUGGAGCAGGACUCCCGCUACGUGCUGCAGCUGGCCGGGGUGAAGGGCCAGGUGACCUUCCCCACCUCAGCCAAGAGCACCAGGACUACGGGAGACAUGGCUGCCCAGUUCUUCCACAGCAUCAGCCCCUUCUACCAGAAGAAGCUGUACAACCUAUACCACAUGGACUUCCUGCUGUUCAACUACUCCACGCCGGAGUACCUGAAGUUUGGAUGAAGUAACUUUUCUUAGGAGUAGGCUUUGUUUGAACCGUCUGUCAUAAGGACUAGGUAAUGCAGUUGUAAGCAUGAAGUCGUGCCCAGUCCCCACUAGCUUAUUGCUUGUGUCGUGGCAGCUUGAAGUAGUCAAAUAUCAGACAGCUGAUAUCAGCUGUUUGUAUGACUUUUAGCAGCUGUUGCUUUAUGACAACAUUUGUAUAACCUAUGACAGAGGGCUCAAGAUAAUUGUUACAGACAAUUUUAACAUGGAUCCCGGGACUCUCCAAAGCACAAUAACACUUGUUACCGAGAGACCUAACCUGGUGAACUCUAAGCAACUAACUAAAGAUAUCUUUCAUAUCAAAGGUAAGAGUGGCUUUAAGAUGAGAUGU